AGAGGCGCGUCGUAAGCAACAGGCACGUCUUCAGGAACUUCAGCAAUCACUCGAUGCGGCUCAAUCGAAACUAACGGCACUGGAAAAGCAGAAAUCACGGCUGGCCGUUGACACGGAGGAGGCGCACGCCGAGGCGGAACGUCACCAGACGCAAAUCACGCAAAUGGAGAAACGACAGAAGCAAUUCGAUCGUAUCAUCGACGAGUGGAAGCAUAAACUGGACGAUGUGAAUCAGGAGCUGGACGCAGUGCAACGGGACGGCCGAAACUCGUCCACCGAGCUCUUUAAGGUGCGUUCGUCGAAUGAGCAGUUGGGCGAGCAGGUGGACGCGAUGCGACGUGACAACAAAACACUCGCCCAAGAGAUCAAAGAGCUGCAAGAGCAGUUGACAGACGGCGGCAGAUCAGUGCAUGAGCUGCAGAAGGUGGUGAGACGUCUGGACAUCGAGAAGGACGAACUGCAGCGAGCGUUGGAUGAAGCGGAAGCGGCGCUCGAGGCCGAAGAGAGUAAGGUGGCCAGAUCACAGGCGGAGGUCACGCAGAUCCGUUCCGAGAUCGAGAAACGC